AUGUCACUGCCUCCACUAUCGCCCGUAAUAGUGAUACAGUGCUUGGCAAUCGACCAGGGCCUGAUCACACUCGGUAGAUCGCUCCUGCAGUCUUUUGUGGUGGACUACGUAUUAACGAAGAACGCGCAAGCAGAUCUCAAUAGCGUUUUGCAUAGUAUUAUCUCUGAGCCUAAGCUUGCGUCAAUAUCCGAGGAUCUGAAGAUAACUCAACUGAAAGCAUUGCCCGAAAUACGCGACAAGGCGAAUAUACUUCUAGCAUUCAUUGGUGCUAUCUACAAGGAAAUGGGAUUCGAUAAGCUCAAAGGAUGGCUUUAUGAUGUGAUCACUCCGAACAUCACCGCCAUUGUCGAAUCUCAAGGAACAGCGCAACCCGAGAUGAAGCCGAACGUUGCAGACCUGGAAGCACAAGCUGCAGAAGCAGCCAAAAGCAGUCAAAAGGAGCAAAACACCGCUGCAGAUAGUAUCAAAACGUAUUAUAAUAACUCAACGGGGGAACCUGAUACUUCGUCUGAGGGAGUCUCGCAUCGAGGCAGGAAUGGAAGCAUCUCCAGAUCUGAAGAGUUCAAAACUGAAGCACUUCAAAAACGUGGAAGAAAGCAGACUGAGAAAGCAGAGACGGAGCAAGGACAUCAAACAGUUCAUUCUGAAAAGCAUAAAAAUGAGGUACAUCUCGAGCUUGAAACAUACAAGAAACAGGCUGAGAAAGCUGAGUGGGAGUACAAGCAGAAGUUACAACAGGCUGAGAAGGCGAAAGCUGAUACGCUCAAGAAAGUUGACAAGUACAAAAGGAAGUAUGAGAGAGCUGACUCAGAGAUGCAACAACAGGCUAUGACAUACAAGGAACGCGAAGAGGGUUUGAAAAAGGAGCUCAAGGAGUUAAGGGAGAUUGGAGAGGCUAAAAUGAUCAUGGACAAGGAAGAUGAAGCUGCAAGAAAGAGGGAGGCUGAAGAGCUCUCACGGAAGAGAAAGAGGGAGGAAGAAGCAGGCCCACCACUCAAGAAUUUGCGCUGGCAGUCAAGUCACUCGAUUGAUGCCAAAACAGAGUUUAUAGAGGGAUUGUUGAAUGAAGGCAAAUUCAAUCCAAACAGACCUAUGUCGAGGUACGAUCUAGAUCACGGUAAACUCCUGCCUAUAUCCGACGAAAUGAAGACUGAGGUACAGCCUGAGUUUCCAUCAUCAUACCCACCACCGUUACCAGCUUUGACUGAGGUGUCGCUGUUUGAGGUACUCACUCAUAGAUCUCUUAAUCCACCACUCAACGUCAUGCAAGAUCCAGAAGGUUACACAUCAUUCGAUAACGAGCGUCUAGAGUUCCUAGGAGAUGCAGUGCUAGAAGUGCAUACGACUGAGGCAAUCUUUGUACAGCACCCGCAGCUGAGACCGGGUGGAAUGGUGAGCUUGCGUAACAGGCUUGUUAAUGGUAAUAUACUAUCAUACUUUGCGGAAAUGUACGGCCUGCCGUCAAAGCUGCGUGUGUCGACGCAAUUGAAGAAUCAAGAUUCACAGGUACAGCAUCACUCAAUGAAAACGAAAGCAGAUGCGAUGGAAGCAUAUAUAGGAGCGGUGUUUCGUGACAGAGAGCCUGGAAUCAGUCGAUCGUGGCUUAUAGAGCUCUUGGGACCAUUCGUAAAGUGCCAUCUCACAGCAGUACAAAGGGAAUUCGAAGAGCGCAAUAGAGGAGAAGUGCAAGGACAUUGGUCUACAGCUAUAAAUAAGAUAUUCGGUAACAAGUUGAAUUGGGAAUUUGGUGAGACAGAUCGCAAUCUCGACGGUGUUGCUAGUUGGUUUGCGAUAUUGCAUAUGGAUGGGCAAAAGAUCGCGGAAGCUAGCAGUAGCAGUAAGAAGAAUGCAAGGUUUACAAUCGCUGCUAUGAUGGCUGAGCAUCUCAAUGUACCAGAUGCAGCAGGAAACUAUAUUCCAGAAGGAUUCUCAGAAAACAUUAAGCAUGGCUAUUUGAAUAAAGAGGCGCUAGAUGGUUUGAAAUGCGUUGAGGAGUUGACUGAUAAGAAAUAA